CGGAAAACAUGGCGGCCAAGGCGCUUCGGCAGCGAACCAGGCGAGGCAGCAGACAAGAUGCAAACAACGUGAACGUCCCCGCCGAGGCGCGGCCACCGAAAGAGGACAAGGGCGGUGAUGACAGUAAAACCACAGAGACCCGACAAGAAUCAAUAAGUCGGGGAGGUCAGGUAUGGGCUCCAGAAGGUUCGACUGCAUUUAAAUGCCUGCUCUCCGCACGCUUCUGCGCAGCUUUGCUCAGCAACAUCUCAGACUGUGAUGAGACGUUCAACUACUGGGAGCCUAUGCACUACCUGCUGUACGGCACAGGGAUGCAAACGUGGGAAUAUUCUCCAUUGUACGCCAUCAGGUCCUACACUUACCUGUGGUUACAUGCUCUGCCUGCUUGUUUACACGCCCAUGUUCUACAGACAAACAAGGUGUUGGUGUUCUACUUUGUACGAUGUGUCUUAGCGUUCUCCUGCUGUGUCUGUGAGCUCUAUUUCUACAAGGCAGUUUGUAAGAAGUUUGGUUUGCAUGUGGGCCGUCUGAUGUUGGCAUUCCUUGUCCUGAGCACGGGAAUGUUCUGCUCAUCUGCAGCAUUCCUGCCUUCCUCUUUCUGUAUGUACACAACGCUGGUUGCCAUGACGGGGUGGUUUCAGGACUCAACUCCGUUAGCCAUCAUGGGUGUGGCUGCUGGCGCCAUCGUUGGAUGGCCAUUCUCCGCUCUGGUCGGGAUUCCGAUCGCCUUCGACCUGCUGGUGUUAAAGAGGCAGUGGAAAAGUUUUAUCACCUGGUCGGCUGUCGCUCUGCUUCUGCUGCUGGUACCCCUCAUGGCAGUAGACUCUUUCUUUUAUGGCAAACUGGUCAUUGCUCCGCUCAAUAUUCUGCUGUAUAACGUCUUCACACCACACGGACCUGAUCUGUAUGGUACAGAGCCGUGGCAUUUCUACUUUGCAAAUGGGAUCCUGAACUUCAACCUGGUGUUUGCUCUGGCACUGUUCUCUCUGCCACUCACAGCUCUCAUGGAGACACUGUUACACAGGUUCAAUGUACAGAACCUGGGCCGUCCAUACUGGCUGACUCUGUCUCCCAUGUACCUGUGGAUGUUGGUUUUCUUCACAAGACCUCAUAAAGAGGAGCGUUUUCUGUUUCCCAUCUACCCUCUCAUCUGCCUCAGCGGAGCAGUAGCCCUCUCCUCUCUACAGAAAUGCUACCACUUCCUGUUCCAGCGGUAUCGACUGGAGCACUACACCGUCUCCUCCAACUGGUUGGCUCUAAGCGCAGUUGCGGUCUUCACAGUGCUGUCACUGUCUCGGUCUGUUGCUCUCUUCAGAGGCUACCACGCCCCUCUGGACCUGUACCCAGAGUUCCAUCGCAUCGCCAAGGAUCCGACUCUUCACUCAGUCCCUGAAGGCAGACCUGUCAGUGUGUGUGUUGGCAAAGAGUGGUACCGCUUUCCAAGCAGCUUCCUGCUACCGCACAACUGGCAACUGCACUUCAUUCAGUCUGAGUUUAAAGGGCAGCUGCCUCAGCCGUACGCGUCUGGUCCUCUGGCCACACAGAUCAUCCCAGCGAAUAUGAACGACCAGAACCUGGAGGAGCCGACCAGAUAUGUGGAUUUACGGCAGUGCCACUACUUAGUAGAUCUGGACAUAGAUGAAGAGACGCCGCUGGAGCCACGUUAUUCAGCCAACAAAGAGGAGUGGAACGUCAUCGCCUAUAAGCCUUUCCUUCAAGCCUCAAGGUCGUCUCCCCUCUUCAGAGCGUUCUACAUCCCAUUUAUAUCAGAUCAUCACACCACCUACAGGCGCUACGUCAUCUUGAAACCGCGGCGGCAAAAGCAGCCUCGUAAGCGGACCCACGGCUGACCUUUAGACCUCAGCCUGGCCACAAGUACAAAAUCCUGGAAAUCAAUCACUUCCCCUCAAAGCAGCUGGUGUUCGUGUGAAUGAUGUGUGGACGUGUAUGCAUGCAUGUGUCUUGAAAUAUUUGUCUCAUGUCUCAUUUGAAGAUAUCAGACCCUUUAAGGACGUUAUGGCUUGUGGGUGUGUGUGUGUGAUUGACUGAAGAGAAAAUGUUAUGUAUGUGUGCUUGGCAGGGAUCAGCUGGACCUGUAUGUGAAACGUUUUAUCUCAGUUUGUGUGUGUGUGUGUGUGUGUGUGUGUGUGUGUGUGUGUGUGUGUGUGUGCGUGUAAAUGAAUGUCUUAGAGUGGAUGCACACUACAAGAUUUUUAUAUGUAUUAAGCCCAGGACAGGCCGAUACACACAGAUAAGUGUUUUUUGUUUUCAUACUUUGCUGAAAAACGUGGCCUGAAUGGAUGUGUUGUUUUUUUUCUAAAUAAUGAAUCAAAGAAAUCUUGUAGUGUUUGCUCACCUGAACUUGAACAGUAUCUUACUGUGUGCUCUGUUGGAUGUGAGUGGUAGAGAUGAAUGAAAGCGAGGGUGCGUUAGUAAUUUAACUUGGAAUGUUAAUAAAAACUUGAUUGA